AUGGCGCCUUCGGUUCUGCAGAACGGUGGAUUCGUUUUGGGCCUGAUCGGUGCAGCAGCCCUGAUCGCAGCCACAGCCAUGAACAACUGGAGUGUGAAGGACAGGCAGGGGGAGGUGGUGACAUCUGUUUACACCUACAAGGGUCUGUGGCAGAACUGUGAGACGACCUCCGCUGGACUCACCGAAUGUCGUCCGCUCUACGGCCUCCUGGGCUUCUCAGGGGCCUUCCAGGCUGUGCGGGCCCUGAUGAUAGUGGGCGUGGUGCUGAGUGUACUGGGGGCGGUGAUAUCAGUUUUCUCCCUCACCUGCCUCACGAUGACCAGCAUGGAGGACACCACCAAGGCCAAGAUGAGCCUCACCGCUGGCAUCAUGUUCAUCAUCGCUGGUGUGUGCGGCAUUGCAGGUGCAUCCAUCUACGCCAACCAGAUCGUGGCCAGUUUCAGGGUGGCCACCGCCCCCAACUAUGGUGGAGGGAUGGGAAACGGAAUGGGUGGAAUGGGAGGAAUGGGAGGAAUGGGAGAAGGAAUGCCAACAUACACGUUUGGCCCUGCACUGUUUAUCGCCUGGAUUGGAGGCGGCGUGCUGGUUAUUGGCGGCGUCCUGAAGUCACUGGCUUUCAGGGGAAUGGUGAAAGAUGAAAAACCCCAUUACCCAGGGGUUGUCUACAAACCUCAGUCCCGUGCCAAAACCGCCCCGGGAGAUCAUCACUCAGAGGACAGCAAGAAAACCCAAUAUGUGUGA